GACAGCGCAUGCGCGCAGACGCCGUAUUCUCCCGGCUACUUCUCUCCCCCCAAACCACCUCCCCGGUUUUCAGAGCGCUCCGCGGCGAGGUAAUUCAAAUAAAAGGAGCCCGUCAUCAAAAGCACCACAUUUCACUAAUGAAGCAUGGCGGCUAAUUUCGGCAAGAUCUUAAUUGGGAUUUACGUGGAAAUAAAACGGAGCGAUGGGCGAAUCCAUCAGGCAAUGGUCACGUCUCUUAAUGAAGACAAUGAAAGUGUCACGGUGGAGUGGAUUGAAAAUGGAGACACCAAAGGGAAAGAGAUUGACUUGGAGAGUAUUUUUGCACUGAAUCCCGAUUUGGCAGCCGGUGAAGACAUUGCCCCGAGCCCCGAAACCACUCCCCCACCCUCUCAGGCUUCGGUCAAAGUGAACAAGAUCCCCAAGAACCGACGAACUAUAGCACCUUCUAAGAAUGAAACGCCUUCCAGGGAUAACCGAGUGGGGUCCACCCGAGCCCGGCCAGGCCAUCAGCAGCCCGAGCCGGCCCCGCCCCCGGCCCCAGCCCCGCCCCCUCCGGUGCAGACACAGAUGCAGGCUCCCAUGCAGAGCCAGCUGCAGCAGCAGAAUGCACGGAGGAAAUCAAACUGUGUAAAGGAGGUGGAGAAGCUACAGGAGAAGAGGGAGCGACGUCGGCUCCAGCAGCAGGAGUUGAGGGAGAAGAGGGCCCAGGAGGUCGACGUCACGAUUCCCAACUACGAAAUAAUGUAUAUGAUCAGGGACUUCCGAGCAAGCCUCGACUACCGGCCUUUAACCACCGCUGACCUGAUUGAAGAACACAGGAUAUGUGUAUGUGUGCGAAAACGUCCUCUAAAUAAGAAAGAGCUGACCCUGAAGGACCUGGACGUCAUCACCAUACCCAGCAAGGAUGUCGUCAUGGUACACGAGCCCAAGCAGAAGGUGGACUUGACACGCUACCUGGAGAACCAGACGUUCCGUUUUGAUUACGCCUUUGACGACAGCACCACCAAUGAGAUGGUUUACAGGUUCACAGCCAGGCCUCUAGUGGAGACCAUCUUUGAGAGGGGAAUGGCCACAUGCUUCGCCUAUGGACAGACGGGAAGCGGGAAGACGCAUACCAUGGGAGGUGAUUUUUCAGGAAAGAACCAAGACUGUUCCAAAGGAAUCUAUGCGUUGGCUGCUCGGGAUGUUUUCCUUAUGCUGAAGAAGCCCAACUACAAGAAGCUGGACCUUCAGGUGUACGCCACUUUCUUCGAAAUCUACAGUGGAAAGGUGUUCGAUCUGCUGAACCGCAAGGCCAAGCUGCGCGUGCUGGAGGACGGGAAGCAGCAGGUGCAGGUGGUGGGUCUGCAGGAGCGUGAGGUGAAGUGCACAGAGGACGUGCUGAAGCUCAUCGAAAUAGGGAACAGCUGCAGGACAUCUGGCCAGACAUCGGCCAACGCCCACUCCUCGCGCAGCCACGCCGUCUUCCAGAUCAUUCUGAGGCGGAAAGGCAAGAUGCACGGCAAGUUCUCGCUCAUCGACCUGGCGGGCAACGAGCGGGGUGCCGACACGUCCAGCGCCGACCGGCAGACGCGCCUCGAGGGAGCCGAGAUCAACAAGAGCCUGCUAGCUCUGAAGGAGUGCAUCCGGGCCCUGGGCCGGAACAAGCCGCACACCCCUUUCCGGGCCAGCAAGCUGACUCAGGUUCUGCGGGACUCGUUCAUUGGGGAGAACUCGCGGACGUGCAUGAUCGCCACCAUCUCCCCAGGGAUGGCGUCCUGUGAGAACACGCUGAACACGCUGCGCUACGCUAACAGAGUCAAGGAGUUUGGGAUAAGUCCCUCGGACAUCCCCUUCUCCCAGGGGGGUGGAAGUCGAUCUGAGCAGUCCCCCACCUAUGAGUACGAUGACUUUGCCACUUCCCCCACCAGGGUGAAGGAGCUCACGGUGGACCCCAGUAGCGUCGAAGGACGCCCCAACAUCCAUGCCGUCAACCAGCUGGACCCGCUGGAUGCUCAGUGGGGAGUCGGCAGCUCUCCCCAGAGGGAUGACCUCAAACUCCUGUGCGAACAGAAUGAGGAAGAGGUGUCCCCCCAGCUCUUCACAUUCCACGAAGCAGUGUCCCAGCUGGUUGAGAUGGAGGAACAGGUGCUGGAGGACCACAGGGCUGUCUUUCAGGAGUCAAUCCGGUGGUUAGAGGAUGAGAAGGUGCUCCUGGAAAUGACUGAAGAGGUCGACUAUGAUGUGGAUUCCUAUGCCACCCAACUAGAACAAAUACUGGACCAAAAGAUUGACAUUUUGACUGAGCUGAGAGACAAAGUGAAAUCCUUCCGCUCAGCACUACAGGAGGAGGAGCAAGCGAGUAAGCAGAUCAACCCCAAGCGCCCCCGCGCCCUCUAGGGGCCACAUCUGGUUAUGGCACCUGUAGGACGGGCAUCUGAUGCCCCCUAACACUGCACAUUUGGCCAUAACUGGUUGUGAAGAUGCCGUCGUCCAUAAAAGAAGGAAGUGGCGACGAGGCGCAUUUCCUAUUUCUUUCCCGUCCUCUUGAGACGUCUCAAGUUAGAGCAAGUGCUCUCCCCCCCCACUCCCCCCCACCACCGCUAGCGGUGCAAGGGAAAAACAAAAAACGGGACGCUUUUUAAACCAGUUUUAAUAACAGGGGGAGGGGGAAAAAAUCUGUUUAAUUUAUCGCCGUUUAUUUUUCUUUUGGCAAAAUGUACAGAGAAAAAUAAAGGUUUGGCUUCCGUGGCGACGCCUUAGCAGGAUGGUCUGUCAUGGGUCCUUUUGGACAGUUCAAAAAUGUAUGUAUGCAUGCAUGUGUAACCAGGCGGUGACAUGUAACCCAGCAUCCCAUGUCAUACUAAAAUCUGGUCAGUGGUGUAAAUAGCCAUGUUUACUUAGGGCCAGUCUCACCGUUUUUCUCCUUCUCUCGUGUGUAAAGCUACACACAGUAACACAAUCGGUCAGAAUUAAGACACGUUACUUGUCCUGGUUUACAUCCUGCUUCGAUGUGGAUACCUGUGUUCCCUUGACCUCCAUAACCAUCAGUCUUGUAGCUCCCCUCAGUCUGGUGCCAUAUCAUGUUUCCUAGAGGAAGUGAACGUCUUGUGUGACAUCGAAGCAUCACCCGAUUUCCUUAUACUUCUAAUACUGUACAUUUUUUUCCACCUCAUUUAACACUAUUUGUAAACAAAGAAAUGGGGGAAAAAUAGAAAUGGAUAAAGUAUUAAGUAAUGUAUAGUAAAAGCCCACUGACUUACUGCUGGAGAUGUUCUUUUGUGUGUGCACACCAGAUGUAACGCUGGAUCAAAGAAUAAAGUGUCACCUGGUUGAUUAGAAGCUGUA